CGCGUCGGGCGGGCGGCGGCCGGGGCGGCCCAGGGGCUGCCGCGGGGACUCGGGGCGCCGCCGAGCGGCAGGGCGCUGGGGCGGGCCGUGAGCACCACGGGGCCCGGACACGGCAGGUUCGAGGCCGGGCCCCCGCGCGGGGAGCCGCGGGGUGGAGACUUUGCAGCGCGGCGCGGAGCAGGCGGGAGCCGGCGGGGGCCUCGGGAGCCCCAGGGCGGCCGGGCCCGGAUCCCGGGGGAGCCUCGCGAGCCCGGGCCGGAGCCUCGGCGUGUGCAUCCCCGGCAGGGCCCGGGCUGCAGGAGCACAGAGCAGCCGGGCCUCGCGGAGCUCGGAGCGCGCCUGACCCGGGGCGCACCGUGGGACUCGGGCGCGGGGCUGGCGGAGAGCUGCCCCGCGGGGCUCAAAGCAGCGGAGUGGCCUACAGGGGCCCUCCCCCGGAGGGGCCGGGCCGGGGCGGGGAGAUGAACGGUUUCAGCACCGAAGAGGACAGCCGCGAAGGGCCCCCUGCCGCCCCCGCCGCCGCUCCGGGCUACGGCCAGAGCUGCUGCCUCAUCGCGGACGGCGAGCGCUGCGUUCGGCCCGCGGGCAACGCCUCCUUCAGCAAGAGGGUGCAGAAGAGCAUCUCGCAGAAGAAACUCAAGCUGGACAUCGACAAGAGCGUGAGGCACCUGUACAUCUGCGACUUCCAUAAAAAUUUCAUCCAGAGCGUCCGAAAUAAAAGGAAGAGGAAGACAAGCGAUGACGGGGGAGAUUCCCCUGAGCAUGAUGCUGACAUUCCCGAGGUUGACCUGUUCCAGCUGCAGGUGAACACGCUCCGACGCUACAAACGGCACUACAAGCUGCAGACCAGACCAGGCUUCAACAAGGCCCAGCUAGCAGAAACUGUGAGCCGACAUUUCAGGAACAUCCCGGUGAAUGAGAAAGAGACGCUCGCCUACUUCAUCUACAUGGUGAAGAGUAACAGGAGCAGACUGGACCAGAGGUCGGAGGGCAGCAAGCAGCUGGAGUGAGGCACCGGCGGCCGGGGGAGGCAGAGGCCUUGGUGAGAGGACAGCAGUGUGAUGCUUGAUGACAGGUGGUGUCUGCACAUCUCAGCCCAUAAGGACUGUUCACGUCUACUGUAAAUAAAGUUUGAAUGAUGGACACUGUAAACCUCUCUGUCAGGAGGAUUACAUUCUUACAGGUUGGCAUGUGUGUGGAAAGACUUUCACUGCUCAGACCGAAAACCAGUAUCAUAAAAGGAAUUAAAAACCAUGUCUCGAAUACUCAGCAAAGCUUUAAAUCAGCUCUCCUGGAAAUGCCGGGUGAUGUGCACCUUGGCAGUCACUGUGCAGUACCAGGCAGCCACGGGCGAGGCCCAGCCCUGCUGGCAUGGCUCAGUGACCGUGGAGGCACAGAGUGGACCCACGUUUAAACUGACCGAUGCCCACUGGGGACACAGCAGGCCGCUUUACUGCAAGUUUUGCCAUUUAGCAGCGAAUCAGUGUGACACGGGUCCCCCAGUGGCCCUGCGACCUGUCCACAGUGGGCACCCAGGGUAUGUUGGCCCAGAGCUGUCACAGCCACGCAGCUUCUGCUUCUGUCCUCCCACCCCGGAGACCUGUCAUUGGUGUCACACUCUGCUUAACCACUAGAGGUAGAGGAAGGAGUUGAGGGUGCAGAACUGGCUGUUGUGAUCCUAGAGUCGACACACAGAUGUCACAGACUGAUCAUGGUGGUGCAUGCUUUAGUCCCACCACUCAAGAGGACAAGGCAGAAGGCUAGAGAGCUCCGGAGUCAGCUCAGCUAAAGACCCUGUCUCAGAAACAAAACGGUGAACCUUGGGAUAGCUCAUCAG